AUCUACGAUCUUGUAUACAGGGUAGAAAAUGAACCGAAUUUUAAGAUAUUUAUUUUCUGGUUUUGAACAUUGUUUUAGAUCAUUUUCUCAUUUACUUAUUUUUGUUGCAGGGUCGGCGGUGGCCAUGAUUGGCGCCAACCUGCGUUUCGGGAGCAGUGCUGCCAACGCCAGCCUGAAUGCCACCAGAGUGUUUCAGUGUCAUCCGGGCGGCACGGCUGAGGCGGCACUAAUUUUCGCCCUGGGAACGAUGGGUAUGGCGGCCAAUUUGGCUCUUAUGGGAGUUAUAUUGGCGAACAGACAACUUAGAAGAUGGUCGCAGGGUCUGUUGUUCCACCAGGGCGCCGUGGAUUGCGCCAGGGCGGCCCUUCUUCUGCCGCUGGGCAUCUCAAUACUGCACUGUCAGCCGGUAUCGAAAUGCUCCUUGGUGGAAACAGCCUUUUUGCUGCUGGUCACAGUGGCGACCGUCAACAUGCUCACAACUGUUCUUAACGAUUCUCCGGUGUUUCCUGAGGACGACGACGCCGACGUCGCCAUGACCGACGCUCCACUCUUAAUGGAUUCCCCGCAGUGCGUUCUUUUUGGAACGUUCAUGAUUUGGUUUGCUUCGAUUACGAUUAAUUUAGGACCCACUUUUCUUUCUGGUGCUCUUGCUGCUCAGGGCGAAGCGGGUCACAAAGCCCCCUCCUGCCCCCUGAUCCACGGCCCCCUGAGACAUUACAUCCUCAACGCCCUCUGGAUAAUGGUCAAUCUGGUAUGCGUGUUUCUUACGCUCUUUCACCUAAGAAAACUGCAUCGAGAUCUGACAAAAGCGAACGUGGAGGCCGUCAGAGUGGCAGGACUGGUCACCACGUUAGUAAACGUCACGGGCGGCGGGUCGGCCGGACAAGCCAAUGGAGAGAGGGCCACCGGAGCUCUGGAAGAGCACAGAAGAAUGAGGGAGUAUCUUAGAAGAAUGGAAAGAGACGGUGUGCAAAGAGUGAAAAUGUUCCUUGUAAUAACGGGAGCUUACGUUUUGUUUUGGGGUCCAUUAUUUUUCGUAACCCUAGUCAACCAUCCCAUCGUGGGAAAUCCGCUGGGACACGAGAUUACACUUCACAUAUCAUACGUGCACGCGAUAGUGAACCCCACUUUAUUCUUGGUGCUGCACCGAGGUUUGCGAAGGGCCAUGCUAGACCUGUGCUGCGGCUGGAUCCCCCUCUGGAUAGGGGCCCCCAGCGUUCCCCCACCUCCGGACCCCCCACGAACCGACAUCUCGCUGCUGAAGCCGCCCCUGCCUAUACCCGCCCAUCCAGAUAGCUCUAUGGGAGACUCCGAUCUGAGCCCGUGGACGCCGCCCCCGGAGAUCGAGCCCCUGAACGGCGGCCUCCUGAUACCGCUCUACUCGAGUCCGGAGCCGCCACGGUACCGGCCGCCGCCACCGCCGCCACUGAAAUUACAACCGCCCCCGAUGAAAUUUCAGCCGCCGCCGCUGUUACAACCGCCGCCGCCGCCGUUGGAACAGUCGCCGCUGCCGGUUCCCGGCUCUCCACCGGAGAGCCUCUAG